AUGUUUAAAUUGAUUUUGAUUUGUUUGAUACUACUCAUCAAUUUAAAUUCGGCAUUCUUCUUUGGCUACCACAAUAAUCACUACAAACCUCACAGAGCGCACAGCAGAUUUCAUCAUUUACGACAUUUCAAACAUCACCAGCCAUGUUCUCACAACUCCCACCGUACAACAACUACGUCACCUACUACGAAAACUUCACCAAUAACAACAAACCCCACUACUGCUGCAUCCACCCCCCAGCAACAAACACCAACAACAGAAAGAACAAACCCCACUACAGCUGCAACAACCCCGAAGGCAUAA